AUGCAAUCACCAGACCUCGAAAUAUCCUCACCACCAACACACACGCUUGAACCACAACAACUCGCUAGCGGCAAAAAUGGACCGCAAAUUUUACCAUCAAAUUCCGAGAAACUAGACCAUGAGGAUAACGAAAAUAACAGUGGUCUCCUGAAAAGCAAAGAAAUGUUUGAUUUUUCGGAUCUGGGAAACAUUAGAGUUUGGAGAAAUGCUAGUGCAGAAUUUUGGGCGGCUGGUGUGUUGACAUUUAUGGUUGGUGCAUCAGUUGCGUUGACUUCGAAUGCUUCUUAUCCAUUUCCUUCCAUUUUUAUUGGAUUUGCACAUCUUCCGAUUAUAGGGUUAUUGAUUGUGGCCAUCGGUCCUAUUUCAGGCGGCCAUUUAAAUCCUAUUGUAACAAUGACAGCAGUAUUCACACGUGUCCUCUCCUUCCCAUGUGGACUUGCCUACAUUGCAUGCCAAACAGUAGGUGCCGCACUUGGUGGUGCUCUCCUGCGUUCCCUAUGCACCCAAAAGACAAUUGACACCACAUCACUGGGCGCAUGCGUGUUCGAAAAUACAAUGUUCUCAGUCGGAAGUGCGUUUAUCGGUGAAUCUGUAAUAGCAUUUACGAUUGCUUUCGUCGUUCAUAAUGUCGCUUUAGACCCAAAACAGAGCAAGGAAUUUUCGCUUAGUGUGACAGCGUUUGUUGUUGGUGCCACCUUUGCGAUGGUAGUUUGGUUAAGUGGAGGAAUCAAUCCUGGCUGGCCUGGAGCCGGCACUAAUCCGGCAAAAUGUUUCGGUCUUUCAGUAGGAAGUGGCAAUUUUUCACACCACUGGAUAGCGUGGGUAGGUCCAUUAUUCGGCACUUUAACCUACGCUAUCGCGUAUUCGUUAAUGUCACCAUUCCACAAUUAUCCAAAAAAACAACGAAAGGAUUCGCUUCG